AUGUAUGGAAGUAUCGAGCACCGGUGCUCCAUCGGAGUGGAAUUGAAUGGUGGCAACACCUAUAGUACGAAACGGAGGCUACAGUUUCGGAGUGUGUCUAAUUUGAAAGUAGAUUCCAUCGUGGCCUGUGAUCUUGACGUGACUAUCGUGCAUCGUGAAUGGGAAGGAUUCUGGAAGAUCACAGCUUUUGAUGACCGCCGGUGGUUAACUCUUCCCUCAACAGCUUCGAUCCAGCUCUCGACGCUUCGCCAGGAACACAAUCCGUUUCACCACCGCACCGAAAAGUUACCGAACAUUCCAAAGUCCCCGAUUACGGACACCAUGUGGGGUCAGAAUAGUACAUUCUUUCGGUUUUGCAAUCUGUAUUUUCGUGGCCAGCAGCAGACGACGGUGGUCAGCGAUGCGACGGCGAAUACGGACGAUGCAGCAGCAGCGGCGUCGGCGGCGGCGGCGAACAACGCGUGGAACUAUGUGGUGUUUGUGGCCUUCGUCGUGAUAUCGGCACUGAUACCGAUACGGAAGCGACUUUGUCGCCGUAGUACGAACAGCAAGAGUAAGCAGGAUUACGUGUUCGGUGCAGGACACAUCUCGACGUUGGCGAUGAUGCUGUCGAUUGCACGCGGGACUCUGGGCGUCAUAUCGGUGCUUGGUUAUCCGAGUGAGUUCUUUUACCGUGGCUCGGCCAUGUGGGAGUCUCUGUACGGAGUCGUCAGUGCGUAUCCGAUCGUGUGCUUCGUCUUCAUACCGGUGUACUUCGAUCUCGGCAUCACCUCGGUCUAUCAGUAUUUGGAGCUAAGGUUCAAUAGUCGAUUGGUGCGCUGUCUGGCUUCGGGAACGUACAUUCUAAGGACACUGCUCAGUCUGGGCGUGACGAUCUAUACACCGACCGUGGCGCUAAACACGAUCAUUGGUGUACCGUACUGGGCUUCGCUGCUGUGCAUUACCGUCAUCAGUAUCUUCUUCAAUGCCCUCGGUGGCCUAAAGGCGGCUGUAGCGGCCGACGUCAUCCAAAGCCUCAGCAUGACGGCUAUGCUGGUCGCCAUUCUGAUUUACUGCAGCAUCACAGUUGGAGGAGUGGACCGAAUAUGGACCAUUAGUUCGGACAAUGAUCGAUUCGCCUUUUUCAACUUUGCGGCUGAUCUUCAUUUGCGCGUCACGACGACAUCCGCUUGGUUGGGGGAAUUGUUCAAUUCGCUCAGUCUGCUCGGCUGUCAGCAGAACUUUGUCCAGCGCUACCUGAGCAUGCCAACGAUGAGCCAGAUACGGCGUACGCUGCUGCUGAACAUUCCCGUCGUGAUCGUGCUGUUUUCGUUGCCCUGGUUCGUCGGGAUGGCCAUCUACGCCAUCUAUUGGCAUUGCGAUCCACUGAAGGCGACGGUGAUCGAGAAGAUGGACCAAAUUCUGCCCUACUUCAUCGUCGAUCGGUUCGAGCGAGUACCGGGCGUAUGGGGAAUAUUUGUGGGCACGCUGUUCAACGGAGCCCUCACGCUCAACAUAUCCAACAUCAACUCGUUGGCCACGGUGACGUGGGAGGAUUUCUUGUCGCUGAUACCGGGUUGGAAAGCGAAGAGUGAACGCCAUCAACUGACGGUUAUUAAGCUGGUCGGUACGGUGUACGCGGUGCUGAUCAUGGGCAUCGGUUUCGUCGUGGGUUUGCUGUCGGGUGUGAUCGAGUCGUCGAUGUUGAUCAUCUCCGCAACCUCAGGCCCAUUGCUGGGAGUGUUUGUGCUCGCGAUGUUCGUGCCGUUCGCCAACUGGAAGGGUGCGGCCAUGGGAAUGAUCGCGUCGCAUCUUUCGAUACUGUGGAUCGUGAUUGGACGGUUGAUCGAAGCGAAUGUUAGUGAUGCGCUGCUGGAUACGUCGAUCGAAGGAUGCUACGCUGAUCUGAUGCUGACGCAGAAGAAUGUAUCCAGUAGUGGACUGCUGUUGACGCUCGAGGAAGGAGUGGAUGUGGUCGAUGCGAGUGAUUUGUUGACGCGCAUCUACUCCAUUACCUACAUGUACUAUGGUGUGUUCGGUACGGCGCUGACGGUGUUGUCGGGCAUGGUGUUUAGUCUGGCCACCUGGAGUAGCCACGAUGAGUACAACAUGAAGAUGCUGCACCCGGCCGUUCGGUGGCUGUAUCGGCGUAGUCCUUUUAAUGGCAAGCAUUUUGGCUCGUUUGAAGUGUCGUCCGGUAAGGGCGUUUCGGCGAAGGAAAUUGUGCCAAAGCAUUGAGAUUCGGAGUCGGAGCACACGAGCACGGCAAUGUGGAUGUCCACUCUCGGCAUGUGAUAUUCAAUCGUUAUAGUUCCUGUGUAUAAAUUAGUGUAAAUAAAUGUAUGGCGAGGGGA